AUGUCCCGCAAAACAAAGACCUCAAAAAAGCUAGGCAAACUAAUUAUUAAAUCUGAAUCAGAUAAAGAGGAACAUGAAUUAUCCUAUUACAUUAACGACAGGGUAAAAUUAAUGAAAGAAGUUCUAAAAAUAAUUGAUGCAAAGAAGAUUAAAAGUAUGGCACCACAUUGUUUAAAGAACAUGAAAAAUGAAGAAAUUAAUUCAAUGUUACUUGAGGAACUUCUGGGAAUAUCGAACAAGAGGUUGAAGUGCAUUUUUAAUGGACAACAUUUAGAAGAAGAUUCCACCGAUCCAGAAGAAGAACCAAUAGAUAUUAUUUCUUUGGACGAUAUUAGUGAUGAUGAUUUCAUUGAUUUGGACUCAGAUGUGGAGAAGAAAAAUAAAAGAAAACACAAAAUUAAAACAGAAGGUUCAAAAAAAAAGAUCAAAAAAGAAAAAAACAAAUCAAGAGACAAAGAAAAAGGUAAAUCAGAUCAGGAAAAUUUGAUGAGCGUUUUGGAAUUGCUGGAACUUCAAGCUCGUGCGAGAGCUAUAAAAUCUCAGUUAGCCUUGGAAGCUGCAAAAAAAAGCGAGACAGAAACAAUUGAAAACAUUAAAAUUGAAAGUGACAAUGAUGAUGAGGUGAUCAUUGAAGUUCCUGAACCUGAUGAGAUUGUUAUACCUUCAAGUGAUGAAGAAGAUGGAAAGGACAAUAAUCAAAAUAAAGAAAGUGAAGAAAAUGAUAAAGAAAGAGAAAUUGAAAAAAAUAAAACUGUUAGUGUUCUUAUUGAAGAAUCUACCAGCAAUGAUAAUACAGAAGAGAAGCAAAUAAUGGAGACUGAAAAAACAACUGAAGUGGAAGAAGUUAAUAAUGAAUGUCAAAUUGUUGAAGGAGGAAACAAAAACACUGAAGUUGUUAAAAAAUUGGAUGAUAAAUCAGAAGAAACUAAAAAUAUCGAUGAAAAACCAUCCUCAAGUAUUGAAGACAAUGAAAAAACAAAAGAAAUAUCUGAAGAUGCAAAGGAUAAAAGUGAAGCAACUCAUAAUGAUGAAGAUGAACUUGUUUUAAAUGUCGAUGAAGAUGAAAUGGAUUGCAUAAUUUGCGAUUAA